CGGAGCAGCCGCAGCAGCAGCAGCCGCAGCGCACGACUCCAGUGCCAGCGCCGCCGCCUCCUCUUCCUCCUGCAUCCUCAGGCACUAGCUCUCUGACUCUAUCCCCUGAUCCAUGCCAGAGGUCCCUGGAGAUCUGGGAGAGCCAUGGCAAGCCAGGGUGACUGCUGCGUCAAGGUGGCUGUCAGGAUCCGGCCCCAACUAUCCAAGGAGAAGAUUGAGGGCUGUCACAUCUGUACCUCAGUCACUCCUGGAGAGCCCCAGGUGCUGCUGGGGAAGGACAAGGCCUUUACCUAUGACUUUGUCUUUGACCUGGAUACCUGGCAAGAGCAAAUCUACACAGCUUGUGUGGGCAAGCUCAUCGAGGGCUGCUUUGAGGGCUACAAUGCCACAGUGCUGGCCUAUGGACAGACAGGAGCUGGGAAGACAUACACCAUGGGGACCGGCUUUGACAUGAGUACUUCAGAGGAGGAGCAUGGUAUUAUCCCGAGGGCCAUAAGCCACCUCUUCAGAGGCAUUGAUGAACGCAAGAGACAGGCCCAGGAACAGGGAGUUCCUGGGCCAGAGUUCAAAGUCAGCGCACAGUUUCUGGAGCUCUACAAUGAGGAGAUUCUAGACCUGUUUGAUAGUACACGAGAUCCUGACUCCCGCCACCGAAAAUCCAACAUCAAGAUCCAUGAAGAUGCCAAUGGGGGCAUCUACACCACAGGUGUCACCUCCCGUCUCAUCAGUUCCCAGGAAGAGCUGAUCCAGUGUUUGAAGCAAGGGGCUCUGUCCCGGACCACAGCCAGCACGCAAAUGAACGUGCAGAGCUCCCGCUCUCAUGCCAUCUUCACCAUCCACCUGUGCCAGAUGCGCGUCUGUGCCCGGCCUGACCUGGUAAAUGGUGAGGUUCCUGGCCUUCCCGAUGGUGCUGCCCCCACAAACGAGUAUGAGACGCUCACAGCCAAGUUUCAUUUCGUUGAUCUAGCAGGCUCCGAACGGCUGAAACGGACGGGGGCCACGGGCGAGAGGGCCAAAGAGGGCAUCUCUAUCAACUGUGGCCUGCUGGCCUUGGGUAAUGUGAUCAGUGCCCUGGGAGACCAGAGUAAGAAGGUGGUACAUGUGCCAUACCGGGACUCCAAGCUCACCCGGCUCCUGCAGGACUCCCUCGGGGGUAACAGCCAGACAAUUAUGAUUGCUUGUGUGAGCCCUUCAGACCGGGACUUUAUGGAGACCCUGAACACCCUCAAGUAUGCCAACCGGGCCCGCAACAUCAAGAACAAGGUGGUUGUGAACCAAGAUAAGACCAGCCAGCAGAUCAGUGCCCUUCGGGCUGAGAUUGCCCGCCUGCAAAUGGAGCUGAUGGAGUACAAGGCGGGUAAGCGAGUUAUUGGGGAGGAUGGCUCAGAGGGCUACAGUGACCUGUUCCGGGAGAACGCCAUGCUGCAGAAAGAGAAUGGCACCCUGAGAAUGCGGGUGAAAGCCAUGCAGGAAGCCAUUGAUGCCAUCAACAACCGAGUCACCCACCUCAUGAGCCAGGAGGCCAACCUGCUCCUUGCUAAGGCCGGAGAUGGCAACGAGGCCAUUGGUACUCUAAUCCAGAACUAUAUUCGAGAGAUUGAGGAGCUUCGAACAAAGCUUCUAGAGAGUGAAGCAAUGAAUGAGUCUCUCCGCCGCAUGCUCUCACGGACCUCAGGGAGGCCUUCCUACUCCAUGAAUGGUUCCCAGACCCAGGGAAGUUUGCUGAGCAGCCCAUCAAUUUCCAUGGAAGCAGAGGCCUCAGAGGUGAUCCGUAAGGCCAAGCAGGACCUGGAACGGCUAAAGAAAAAGGAGACCAGGCAGCGGAGAAAAAGCCCAGAGAAGGAGGCAUUUAAAAAGAGGGCAAAGUUACAUCAAGAGAAUGGAGAAGAGACGGAUGAGAACGAGGCUGAGGAGGAGGAAGAGGAGGAUCGGGAUGAAAGUGGUUGUGAGGAAGAGGAAGGCCGGGAAGAUGAAGAUGAAGAUUCGGGCAGCGAGGAGAGCCUGGUGGACUCAGACUCCGAUCCUGAGGAGAAGGAAGUGAACUUCCAAGCUGAUCUGGCAGACUUGACCUGUGAGAUUGAGAUCAAGCAGAAGCUGAUUGAUGAACUGGAGAACAGCCAGCGCCGCCUGCAGACGCUGAAGCACCAGUAUGAGGAGAAGCUGAUCCUUUUACAGAACAAGAUCCGGGACACGCAGCUUGAGCGGGACCGGGUGCUUCAGAACCUCAGCACCAUGGAGUGCUACACAGAGGAGAAGGCCAACAAGAUCAAGGCGGACUACGAGAAGCGUCUGCGGGAGAUGAACCGCGACCUACAGAAGUUGCAGGCAGCCCAGAAAGAGCAUGCCCGGCUGCUCAAGAACCAGUCCCGUUACGAGAGGGAGCUGAAGAAGCUCCAGGCCGAGGUGGCAGAGAUGAAGAAGGCCAAGGUGGCCUUGAUGAAGCAAAUGAGGGAGGAGCAGCAACGGAGGCGGCUGGUAGAAACCAAGAGGAACAGGGAAAUAGCACAGCUCAAGAAGGAGCAACGGCGGCAGGAGUUUCAGAUCCGGGCUCUGGAAUCUCAGAAGCGCCAGCAGGAGAUGGUGUUGAGGAGAAAAACCCAGGAGGUGUCUGCGCUGCGACGCCUGGCCAAGCCCAUGUCAGAGCGGGCGGCGGGCCGGGUAGUGACAAAGCCUCCCAUGCUGGACUCGGGAGCGGAGGUGUCAGCUAGCGCCACCUCAUCUGAGGCAGAGUCUGGAGCCCGAUCUGUCUCAAGCAUCGUGCGCCAAUGGAAUCGAAAGAUCAACCACUUUCUGGGGGACCCAGCAACCCCGGUCAACGGCACCCGUCCUGCCAGGAAGAAGUUCCAGAAGAAGGGGGCUAGCCAGAGCUUCAGCAAGGCUGCCAGGUUAAAGUGGCAGUCCCUAGAACGGCGCAUCAUCGACAUUGUCAUGCAGAGGAUGACCAUCGUCAACCUAGAGGCCGACAUGGAAAGGCUUAUCAAGAAAAGGGAGGAGCUAUUUCUCCUUCAGGAAACAUUGAGGAGGAAGAGGGAGAGACUUCAGGAAGAGAGCCCAGAGGAGGAGAAGGGGCUACAGGAGCUGAGCGAAGAGAUCGAGGUGCUAGCAGCCAAUAUUGACUAUAUCAAUGACAGCAUUUCUGAUUGCCAGGCCACCAUUGUACAGCUGGAGGAGACCAAGGAGGAGCUCGACUCCACAGACACAUCAGUGGUCAUCAGCUCCUGCUCACUGGCGGAAGCCCGACUCUUGUUGGACAACUUUCUCAAGGCCUCCAUUGAAAAGGGUCUACAGGUGGCCCAGAAGGAGGCCCAGAUCCGGCUGCUGGAGGGGCGGCUGAGGCAAACAGAUAUGAACAACUCCUCUCAGAACCAUUUGAUCCUGGAUGCCCUUCGAGAGAAGGCCGAGGCCCACCCUGAGCUACAGGCCCUGAUCCACAACAUGCAGCAGGAAAAUGGAUACUGCAGCACAGAUGAGGAGAUCUCUGAGUUCUCAGAGGGGAGCUUCUCCCAGUCCUUCACCAUGAAAGGUUCUACCAGCCAUGAUGAUUUCAAGUUCAAGGGGGAGCCCAAGCUGUCUGCUCAAAUGAAGGCGGUGUCAGCUGAGUGCCUGGGUCCCCCACUGGACAUCUCCACCAAGAACAUCACUAAGUCUCUGGCCUCACUUGUGGAGAUCAAGGAGGACGGUGUGGGCUUCUCCGUCCGAGACCCGUACUACCGAGAUAAGGUCUCACGCACCAUCAGCCUACCCACCCGCGGCAGCACCUUUCCUCGGCAAUCCCGAGGCUCUGACACCUCGCCUCUCACCCGGAGGAAGUCCUAUGACCGAGGGCAACCUAUCAGGUCCUCGGACAUGGCCUUCACACCCCCUUCGUCCCCCCCUACGCGGCCCCGCAAUGACCGCAACGUCUUCUCUCGCCUCACCAGCAAUCAGAGCCAGGGGUCAGCACUGGACAAGUCUGAUGACAGCGACUCCUCUAUCUCGGAGGUCCUGAGGGGAAUGAUCAACCCCAUUGGCGGAGCCAAGAGCGCCCGGACUGCUCCCUUGCAGUGUGUCUCAGUAGCUGAGGGUCACACCAAGCCCAUUCUUUGCCUGGAUGCCACUGAUGAGCUGCUCUUCACGGGAUCAAAAGACAGAAGCUGCAAGAUGUGGAACCUGGUGACAGGGCAGGAGAUUGCGGCUCUGAAGGGUCAUCCCAACAAUGUUGUUUCCAUCAAGUACUGUGCCCACUUGGGUCUGGUGUUCUCUGUCUCCACGUCCUAUAUCAAGGUGUGGGACAUCCGGGAUUCUGCGAAGUGCAUCCGCACUCUCACGUCCUCAGGUCAGGUGAUCUCCGGAGACGCCUGCGCAAGCACCACCAAUCGAACUGUCACAAGUGCUCAAGGGGAACACCAGAUCAACCAGAUCGCCCUCAACCCCACCGGCACCACUCUGUAUGCUGCCUCUGGCAACUCAGUCCGCAUCUGGGAACUCAACAGGUUCCAGCCCAUUGGGAAGCUGACUGGUCACAUUGGUCCUGUGAUGUGCUUGACAGUCAACCAGACUUCCAACCACCAUGAUCUUGUGGUGACCGGCUCCAAGGAUCAUUAUGUAAAGAUAUUUGAGCUGGCAGAGAGUGUGAUGGGUAACAUCAGCCCCACCCACAACUUUGAGCCCCCGCACUAUGACGGCAUCGAGUGCCUAGCCAUCCAGAGUGACAUCCUGUUCAGCGGCUCCCGGGACAAUGGCAUUAAGAAGUGGGACCUGGAGCAGCAGGAGCUCAUUCAGCAAAUCCCGAAUGCCCACAAGGACUGGGUCUGCGCCCUAGCCUUUGUUCCUGGCCGACCCAUGCUGCUGAGUGCUUGCCGAGGGGGCUUCAUCAAGGUCUGGAAUGUGGAAAACUUCACACCCAUUGGAGAGAUCAAAGGUCACGACAGCCCCAUCAAUGCCAUCUGUACCAACUCCAAGCACAUUUUUACCGCCUCCAGUGACCUGACAGUGAAAUUCUGGAGCGGAAGGCGGCUACCAAGUGGCACAUUUUAGGAGGAGAAGUCAGAGGGGGCACUCGGAUUCCACAUUUCUUCUAGCAGCCUGGACAUCAUCUAAAGAAAAGCCUCUUCAGAUAAUUGAGGCCCCACAGGUCCAGGCCAGAUGAUGCCGAUGGCUCUGGGCGAGAGGGUUUGGGGAUUCUGUCCCACUUCUCUCCUAGCCUUCCUAAGUGGAGAGUGUUCCCAAACCCAUCUCUCAGUGGGGUGGGAGCCCCCUUGGGGGAAGGAGAGAGGGGAAGGACAUUUAAGCUGUGAAGCCAAAGGGCGUUUUUGAUCCCCACUUCUUCUCCUGAAGCUUCUCAGCUUCUUCCAGGUUUGGCCCCAUUUUUCUUCCUGCUAAGUUGUCCCCUUCUCACCCCAACCUCAGGAGCUCUCCAGCUGGUCUGUGAGGAGAUCUUGGGGAAAUUUUUAUUAGCUCCCCGCCUCCAGAAAGCCCCAUGGUGGGGAGGGGAUUCUGAGCCAGGCUGAGGGGAACCCCCAGCCCCAACCAGCCAUAUUUUAACUUGGAAAUGACCUUGCUCCUCUUCCCCAGCCAUCUGAACACUGUCUUUCAGAUAGUUAUCUUGCUUCUGAUCCCCUCUUGCCCCUCUGGCACCCCAUUCCUGCAUCUGAGUCCUCAGCCUCCUCCCCCAAAAGGAAGGCGGUCAAAGGACAAAGAGCCCUUCCCUCUAGUGACCAUGUAAAUUGGGGAUGGGCAGCUGCCAGGCCCUCCCCCUGAGCCUUCUCCCUGGGGCCACCACCAUCCCAUCCCUAGGACUCAGCCCUCCCCCUCCUGGGGUCUGGGCAGGCCCAUCCUUCAGAAAGUUCCAGCUGAGGGGAGAGCCGCAGUCUCAGCCUGGUCAUUUCAUCUAUUUAAUUAUUUAUUUAUUUAUUUAUUGCUGGCGCUUCCUGGAUACCAACUUGAAGUUUCUUAUGUAUUCAAUCCCCUGAGCUCUCCAGGGCCAGGGAAUCCUGAGGAAGGGGAAGGGGGGUGGG